CUGCCCUUCCUUUCUUAGGCGUCAGAGAUUUGCGCCUUAAUUUAGAUUCUCACCUCAAGACGACUUGGUUCUCGUCUGCCCACCACCCUUGUGCAUGCGGACAUGGCCAAGACUUUGACCCUGCCACAGCUCUGCCCUCCUGAAACUAGUUGCAUUGUCGAAGCAAGAGCAAGCGAGUAAGCAAGCAAGUGUGGGUUCACAGUCGGCACGAGAGGGGGGGGGGGAUGCGGGAUCGGGAAUCGCAGAGCCCCGGAGCCCAGAGGGCCGGAGCCAACACAUCCGACGGCGACAGGGUAGGUAGGGCCCUACGCCAAGUGCCGUGAAGAAUGCCGAGAGGCGGUUGCGCGCGCAUUGUUUAGAGUUUGUGUUGUUGGGUCGCGAGGACUGUGGCGUCGAGGCCCGUCUACUUCCCAGUGGCGUGGCUCCCAGGGUGGAAAAUAGCAGCAGGGCUGGUCGUCGGGGUGGACUUCGGGUACUCUGAGGAGUAGAGGCGAGAGCCCCAGGUUUCGUGUCGUUGAGCACAACUCACUGCAGCCAGCCAGCCACCCAGCCACCCAGCUUGCUGUGUUUUAUGAAAAGCAACGCUCGUGUCUAGAGCCCUCCCCACCGCCCUUCUUCCUGUGUCUAUCAGGCUAGCGGGGCAGUGGCAUCUAUGGAUCGAGGAGCGAGAAAUUUACUGUCUUAGAGAGAUAGGCCUGCAACUUGAGGUACGUGUUCACUUUAUUGAUAUCUGUGAGGUACAUCAGCUUCUAAUCAAGGAUUUUCGUUUUGGACGACAAGACCAAGGGCAAUCACCUAGGCAAGUAUCGUAGAGACAUGCUCUGAGCAUGUCAAAUCGAGUAAAUACCGUAUCAGGGGCAUGACUAGUCAUUAGAAUCAGCAUUUUUCGAUUAUGUUAGGUUAACUUGUUUGUGCAUUUGUGCUUUCUUGCACACGAGCUAAUACUGUUCUGUUCCUGAUGGAGUGAUACCACCCUUGUUUAGUCAUUAAUCUUUUGCAACGGCUAGUGACAAAUUGUUAGGGGUAGGGCUAGGCUUGUAAUCAAGUCUUCCUUUCAUUACGUUUUCUUCUGUGACCUUUAGACCUCGAAAAAUAUUAUCACGUCAGCUGGAAAAAGUGACUAGCCUUCCAGCUUGUAAUGUAAACAGUACGAGAUUGGGUGAGUCAAGAUGUCUACUACGAAUACUUUAUCUUCGAUUACGUAUGUGCACCUACUAGUUGCACAGAAUAUUGGGUCAACACUGGGUGCAGGGUUAUUCCUUCUUAGAUAAAUGCCGUAUCUUAACAAGUUUCCAUCCUUAUGGUCAUCAAUCAACCGUUUCACGCCUGGAAGCUCGUAACAUUUGUUUUGCGCCAUCGACACUAACUAGAAGUAGCUUAAAUUUCCGACAUAGGAUAGUGGUCUUUUGACUUGUGCAUUGUAGAACCUAUUUGCAAUGCACUGCACAUUCUGCGUGAGAGCAACUACUCAUAUCUCCAAUUAUUGACUUCUGUGGUCAACUGAACUACCUAGUAGUAAGCCAGAGGAAAAAACUAAGCAGUGGUUGUGCCGCAAAGCACUCAUGAGUUUUGGACGAACUCAUGUUGAGAUAAUCUUCUAACACACUGCUCUUAUGAGUGAAAAUAGUUGCGUAAUGGAGUUGGAUGUGCAAACUAGCCAGCAGUUUCUGGCCAAAUUGCGGUUGAAACGCAACAAUGACGCCUCACCAGUCAGACCAGGUCCAGCGGAGGCGGCGUGGAGUGCUGAGGAUACUGGAGCUCGAAGGAACGAAUCUCCUGUUUGGAGACGCGCCUCGAUGGCCACCCAGCGUUCUCAGUCAACGAAGAAUGUUCAGAAGACUAGACAGAUCGAAUGGGUCAUCCAUUUGCAAAAGGUCGCACUUGGCCUUAUGACCAAGCUGCAUAAAUUGCACCAGAUUUUGGGGUCUGCGGAACCCGGGACUCUGCACCACCCAGACUCGUUCUGGAAGACUGGAAUCUUUCCAGACAUGCCAAAACUGUGCCAGCAUGUUGCACGCAAAUUUCCUGAGCACCCUGCGAAAAUGCAGCUGGACAAGGUCGACAAAGGAGGGUGCGAUAUGCUUCAUGAACAUUCAGGAAGAUAUGUAGCGUCUCUUGAGCCGUGGAUAAUGGUUCUAGAGGAUCUUAUGACAUUUCGAGAACAGUCACUUCGUGUGAUCCUCGACUUGAGUAGCACAGUGGUCACCUUGCUGCCCAAUCAAAAUCCUCUUCUUCUCCGAGUAUUUAUGGAGCUUUUUUGUUCUUUUGUGCGGGUCAACCUUCUAGCAGACAAGGUACCGAGGAAGAUGCUCCUUCAGAUGUAUAAUCUGGUACAUACAAUAAUGAAAAGCGGACGAGAUUAUGGGGCUUACCAUCGCAUGGUGCAGUUUGUAGAAGCAUAUGACCCUCCUCUGAAGGGGCUACAUGAUGACCUCAAUUUUGUGAGCCCCCGCAUAGGUGAGAUAUUGGACGCUGUUGGGCCAACAGUACUUCUUGGGUCCGACUUUCAAAGGCUGCGCAGUGAAGGUUAUCUCAGUCCAUUUCAUCCUCGGUAUCCUGACAAGCUUACCAACUCAGCACAUCCAGCUAGAGCACAAGAGCUGGUAAAUAUUGAAGCAUACCGAGAAUGGGUACUUAUUGGGUAUCUAGUUUGCCCCACAGAACUUCUUCGACCUGGAGCAGUGGAUAUUGCUUUGGUGCUGCUCAAAGAAUCUAUCCUCCUACCUCUUUUCCGAGAUGAGUAUGUUUUGUUGCAUGAAGAGUAUCAGCAUUAUGUACUACCUAGGAUAGCUGAGUCGAAAAAACUUGCAAAGGCGGGGCGUGCCAAGGGUCGUGAUGCUGAUGUUGAAUACAAUCUGGCCAAACAGGUCGAGAAGCAAAUAUGCGACGCCCAAGAUACUGCUAUCAACAAUGCAGACUCUGCACAUAGGGAGCACCGAUUGCUAUUGAAGCAGGAGAUUGGUCGUAUGUUGUUGUUUUUCUCAGAUCAGCCCACCCUCCUUGCACCUAAUCUGCAGAUGGUAUUUGCUGCCUUGGUAAUGGUUCGUGCAGAAAUUUUAUGGUUUUUUAGCCACGUUGGAGUUAUGGUGGGAAAAGCAAAGGGUACUCGAGUGAUGCCCAUAGAGAUGGACAUGGAAGACCCUACAAUUGGUUUUCUAUUAGAUGGCAUGGAUCGUCUCACCGGGCUUAUUCGCAAAUACACUCCAGCUUGCAAAGCAUUUGCAAUGGGCUACUUAUCAGCCGCAGUCCAGAGAAUGCAGGUCCUUCUGGUUGGACCAGGAAUGGUAGCACUUGAUAUAGAUCCAGAGUUGCGUGAGCUGUUCAAUUCUGCUCUGGAAACGUUGGACCAGCUUCCACAGCUUCACACCGACAAAAUUGUUCCAGCAUCGCUUGAUCUCUCUGGAUUUCGCAGGGAUUGGCUGCGUUUGAUCAUGCUGGUUUCUUCUUCAAGGUCUCCAAUAAAUAUUCGGCACUUAGAUAAGGCAACUGUAUCUACAGGCAACGAUAGCAUUGUUUCUGAGGGCAACCUCGCGUACCUAUGGUCAAGGAGUGUGGAUGAAAUGGACAAGCAGAUUUUGCAACAUGCAUCACUUAAAAUGUUGUACUUCUAUCGGCCUGAUGUCACAGCGGUUUUCCGGCAUACAAUGUUUGGACCUGAAGGUCGACCGCAGCACUGCUGUGCUUGGCUUAGUCUUGCGUGCACGUUUUCAGAUAACGCGCACCCGAAUGUUCCUGAUGAGCUGCCGACGUUUGCUAGGGACGCAGUCUCAUAUGCAGAGUCUAUCCUUGAUUCAGUCAUGGGGGGCUUGGAGGGUCUCAUCAACAUCUUAGAUUCUGAAGGAGGUUAUGGUUCUCUUGAUAAUAAGCUUCUUCUCGAGCAAGCUGCCCUACGUCUGAACCAGUUAUCUAGGGCUGGCAUUUAUGGAAUCAAGAAUGUCAAUGGAAUGGUGGAUUUUCCUUUGCCUGGAUUUGAAAGUGAACCAAUUCACAGGGGCUCCAUCAAAAUGUUGGAGGCCGCUGUCCAGAGACUCACUAGCCUGUGUUCAGUGCUGAAUGAAAUGGAACCCUUGCGGGUUCUAAAUCAUAUGUUUGUGCCACGAGAGUACUUAAGAGACCGAAUUAUGAAGAAUUUCCGGACGCGUCUGAAAAGUAUAAUCAUGACGAAUGGUGAACUUCAACGGCCGUCUGUAGUGGAGGCACGACUGCAGCGGCAUAUGAGCAUUGUACAUCUCGUGGAACAGCAUGUGCAGCUAGAUUUAACACGAGGUGUCAGAGAAGUCCUUCUAACCGAGUCGUUUGCGAGACAUAUGGAAGACCUUCACCCUGACGACCGUGAAGUGGGUGCUGGUGGUGAGGCAGUAUGUACAAUUGCAGAUUGGUAUGUAGAGAAUUUGUUGCGGGAUGCUAAGGCUUCUGGAGUUAUUUUUUCUCCUUUGGACAAGUGUUUCAAGAGCACCCGACCUAUUGGUCGGGUAGCUGCAGAGUCGGUGGCAGAUUUGGCAGAGCUGAAGGCUUUUGUGCGGAUCUUUGGUCCUUAUGGCGUUGAUAAGCUAUGCAAUAGUUUGCUCGAACAGUUGACAGUUCUUGUAGAUACUCUUGAUACCUUUUUGCGCUCAAAUAAGGAGAUUUUGGAAUCUUUAGCUGGGAACUUGCACAGUAAAAGUCAUCGUGAAAAUAUGUUGCUUCAGAUCGUUGAGUUGGAAAUUCUCAUGUCAAACGCGAUGCGGAUAGGUCACAUGCUUAGCAUGCGGGCUCUUCUAGCAGAGGCCACAGGUCAAGUGCUAAGGACCAACACCCCACUCCUCUUUUCUCUCUUGACCGACUUCUGCAAACAUGCUCCUGCAACUAUUCCCGAGAAACCCAAUCUCCUGAGAUUGAAGCGUGUAUCCAGUCGUGUGGGUGCUGUUGAACUUGAAGAAGGUGAUGCUGUGAUGAUUCACAGCAUUUUGAACAAUAUGGAAGGAGCCGGGGAUCCAACGUGGGGGCUUCUGCCAUUUCUUUUUGUUGCGUGCAUGAACUCAAACGUUUGGAACUCCACUACAUUCAGUGUGCUUACUGGCGGAUUCACAUCAAAUGUCCAUUGUCUAGCCAGGUGCAUAAACGCUGUAAUGAUUGCGAAUGAGUGGGUGCGAUCAGAGCGUAGAGAGCAGCACCGGCUAACAUUAGAUCCAAGAAAUGGCAGUAUGGGAGAAGAUGGUGUCCAAGGUGUAGAGACUAGAGCGGAUGUAAACAUAAGUAUCAAGGCCUCUAUGAAAACAUUUUUGCAGUGUGCCGUUGCCACAGUGCUUGAAUCUUGGGAUGAUUCGCAUAGGAGCCCACUAGUCGCGAAGUUGAUCUUUCUGGAUCAGCUUUGUGAACUGACAAACUACUUACCUCGUAGCACUCUUGAGGGCUACGUUCCACAUACAAUCAUGCGCUCAAUCUACCAAAUGUAUUUCGAGAAUUCAGUUCCCAGUCUCGUACAUGUCCAUCCUUCCACACGACAAUACGCAGGUAAUGGAGGCCCCAUCAAAAGCCAGGGUGAUACAUCUGCAGAGCCUAGCGAAAUUCAUCUUCAACAGACUUCCAGAGGGUCAAUCUUCUCUGGUCCCAUUAAAUUUGCUGGCCAGCACAAGCGUCCUGAGGUUGAACCUUCUGGAGAACUAGGACCAGAUGGUAAGCCUCGCAGAAAAGCAAACCGAUUCUCUGGUCCUUUGGAUUAUAGUCGAAAGGUGUCCUUCGCCGAAGGGCGUGGUCCUCCAGAGCCGGCUCCAUCAAGCACCAGGAGUCCACUUGGCAGGUUCCGGUCAGGACCUCUCUCCUACGUGUAAUACCAGAGAUCUGAUUUUCUUUUUAUUAAAGAACCAUCUAUACAUUUUAUUGAACUUCAGAGGUUGGAAGGUGCAUAUAGUGGUGAGCUUUGAUUGUGGCAGUUGGUGCCCAUCGGACUUUGUAUCUACUCUUGUAUAUGAAAAGGCGAACUUGGAGCUUUUAGACGAUUUGUUGUUCA